AUGUGGAGUGCAAUGCUGAGUGUCGGUGUGGUACGACCAAGAAACCUUGCCAAAAUAGGGUAAGUCUAUUUAAAAAUCUGCAUUAUUAUAACCAAAUUUUUUUCAUACGAAAAUUCUGAAUUUCCAAUGCGGUUUUUGUAUAGGAUACGGCGAAAAACUCUGAAAGAGAGCGAGACGAUCGAAGAGGAACCGUGGAACAUGUGCGCAAGGCUUUCGGCUCAGCACUACUCAGGGUCAGAACUCACAGAAUCUAGAAACUGAGGAUGCAUUGAGAGAGAAGGAACACGAGAAUGUAAAGGUAGGUUUUUUACAGUAUAUACCUGUUUACAUAUAAACUGUAUGUAGGCUUCCACUAAGGCUUGUAGCUAAAUUUUAGAAACAAUAUAUGGUUUUUACAAGCUUUGUUGUAUAAUGAAAUGUUUUGCUUGCAUAGAGAUGAUGCACAUUGUGAAAGGUAGUUUUAGUACGAUUGUCUUUUAGUAAACUAUAAUUUUGUCAACCUGAUACUCAGGGUUUCGGGUUUCGGAAGUGAAAACCCUGAGUAUCAGGCAUAGAAAUAAUAGACAUAGAAUGCGUGCUAAUGACGAAUCAUGUCUCCACUUUUGCAGGUGCGUACGUGCCCUUUUGAAUGCGCCAUUUUGAAUUUUGGCCAGGAGUGCAAACUACAAAGUAUAAACAAAGCUAAAACUACGUUUUCAUCGUCAAAACGUUUUGUCUUGUUGUCUAAUUUGUAGUUUGGGGAUAGAUUUUCAGUUCCUCGAAGACACAAACUGUCAAAGCAAGAAAACAGUGAAAAUCGUGCAGCCUUUUAAAAGCAAAGUAGUUUCGCGAAAAUAUAAUUUGCUCAAAACAUUUUUGCAUGCUCUAAACGUAACUGUUUUGCUAAUAUAUUAUAAGAUUACAAAAUGAUAGUUCUUUCUUCGUCGGGUUUAGUUUUUCUGCAAGGUAAACGAAGUGUUCUCAUGUUCUUGAAACAUUUUAUAGUUGUCGAUAAACUGUAAAAUUGCCUAAAAAUAAUCGUCGAAAACCAGGGUUUCAAAAGCGUUGCCUCAAGCUCAAGCAACAUAGAAAAAUAUGAAAUAUUAAUUGUGUAAGUUUAAAAAGAUUAUUGAACUCCAUUUAUAUUGUAAAAGAGUUGAAAUAUUUGUAGAACAUACCUAUUGAGUUGAAAAUUUGUCUUGAUCUUUUGUGUUUUGUUUUGGCUUGCACAACAACAUAACGUUGAAAAUUUAUUUUUAAACGACGAUUUCUGCAUAUAUUUUGUUCAGGACUAUUGCUUUUCGUAAAAAAACCCACUGGAAUGGGUUUUUAGACACUGUUCCUUAGUUUACCAAACUUUUUUUUCAUUUUAAGUCCCAAUAUAAAAUUUUUUGCAAACUUUUCAGUUGAAAAAAUAAUUCGCACUCCGUGCAACCACGCGAAAUUCCCUGCCUCAGUCAGACAUUCCAACCUCCGAGUCCUCAAAACCGGGACACUUCCCAAUUUUCCCAUUUAACUUAAAUAAAUGCCUCUCUUGAAUAAAUGCCGUGCUUUUCUCAUUGAUGUGGUGUCUAUUUGGGUUAGUGUUAAAAUUGGCUGAGUUGAGUUUGAAUUAAACAAUAAAUUCACAGUGGAUGCUACAAAAACUAGUUUUAUUACACUAACGUUGAAACCCAUAAGUAAUAUAACAUCUUCUCAACAAGCUUUAAUUUCAUUGAAGUACUGUACUGGCGAAAUUGUUCCGUUUUACUACUGGUCUUUUGAACUGUGAUCCUCUCGUAUUCUAGAGCCCGCGAUUAUUGCGCCCGCUUCUGUUAUGCUGCUUUACUUCAUGUAGCCCUGGCAAAAUGAACAGGAACUGGAGGCGAAUGCUAAAUUGUCAAAACAACGUAUGUCACGAGAAUUACAACGAUCAGCGACAAACUCGGCAAUUGUUUGGGGCAACUAGAAGCUCCCAUUUCAUUAAUAUGUAUUGAAUCAAACGAAUUUCAUUAAUAUUUGUCAUAUGAGCCCUAUUUGAAGAAUACAACUAUUAAAAUACUUCAGAAACCGGGACAAUAAGAAAACCGGGACACCGGGACAACAUAGUCCAAACCGGGACAGUCCCGGGUAAACCGGGACGGUUGGAAUGUUUGCUCAGUAGUCUGGGACCAACCAAAAUGCCCUUUUCAAUGUGCCAUUUUGUGGAGACAAUUUUUUUACUGAGAAAAGAUAGGAGCACGCAUUCUAUGUCUAUUAUUUCUAUGGUAUCAGGUUGUAAUGUUGUUACCAAAUUAUAUUUGUUGCAUAUAAAUAUUGCAAUAUAAAAUCGCUUUUCACCCUUAUAAAUAUUUCACAGUUGUGCCAACAGCCAUGUCAACUAAAUGUUUUUGGACUUUAUCCUUUAACCCAUUGAGUCACAUUGCGCCCUUCUUUAUUAUUUUUACUCUGUUAUUUUAUAAAACCAUAUAAGUAUGUUUAAAUAAUAAAGAAUUGCGGUUAUAGCUUAUUCAUAUCUCAUCUCAUUCCCACAUUAUAGCACUUUUUUAUAUUUCCAGUUAUGACAUCACUGGUUGUGCUUGAGAAGGAAGCAAAUAGGAGAAAGUCUAGUAUUUCUGAGGUGCUUUAAUUGAGAAAUGCCUGGUAACUUGGAAAUGAUAUAAAUAAACUUAAAGCCAUUCGUCACUAUUUUGAACAUACUCUGAAGUGAUGGAAUUUAAAAUAGGGACAAAAUUUCGUUUCAUAAACACUUUCAUCAUUUACAGGAUUUUAUUGGACGAAACAUUGGUGCAAAAGCUUGCCAUUCGAUGUUUGCGUAGAGGUAUUGGUAGCAUGGACUACAUUGAUAUGUUGCUGAUUAUGGAAGAUGAUCUGGACAAGAAUCAGGAGGAUGGUGAUCUUCGUGAGUUUGGUGAAUCAUCAAUGACAGGGGAUGACAACAAUUAUCCACCUGAGCAAGACUCAUCCAGGGAACCCAAAGGGGAUUCCUCAAAUAAUAGUACUGUUAAUACACCAGAUUGGUGUGUUUGUGGUAGAUGUAGACAAUGCCCCAGGAAGUCGAAAACAAGUGCUGCAAAUUAA